UAGCCUUCUUGCUUUCCUUCUUCCGAGUCACAGAAACGAGAAGAUUCUCGGCGUGUGCCGAAAAUUCAGGAAUGCGCUCGGCCGAGUGGGAAGAGUGGUUUUAGGAGGGUGCGUCAGCGAGAAAUGUCGCAUCUGUUCCGGGACAAGGGAAGACCAAGUGCAGACCGCUUUGACCCGCGCAGCAGCGACGAGAUCCUGCAGUCCAUGAGGGAUGAACUCGCCCGCGACAAGAGGAUGUUUUUCGAGCCCCCUUCUUCAUCUUGGACCGACUCUUCCGUGAACCCUUCGCCCUUUUCCAGAGGAUUCCCGUUUGACUCUGACCGCGGAGCGCGCAGCAGCCGCCUGCAGAAGCACUUGGACGAGAUCGCCGCGAGACACCCCGAGUUCGCCGAGCACCUCCGCCCCUCCGACAUGGCCUCCGCCAAGGGUCAACGCACCCGCCAGCCCUCGGGCGGCAGCUCCGGCGUCUUCUCCGAGGACGACGUCGCCUCCGACUCGCACAGCCAGACGAGCGACGAAACGCCGAAGCAGCCGGAAGCGGCUCGCAAACUGCCGCAGUACGGACUGAGAAACACUGUUGACCUCGGCGGCGCCGCCCAGCAACUGGCAGACAAGGAGAGAAACCAAAGGUCGUGGUCGGCGCCCCCGGAAAGCCGAACCACCGAGGAACAGCCCAAGAGAUUUGUAUCUCGAAUCGAGAUCCAGCCUUCGACGCCCAGAGGCCCAGCAGAGCCCCCUGCCCCCGCGGGCAACCCCUCUUCGAACCCAGGCAAACCCCCGGUGCCCCCGAAACCCAAGGGCGGAGAGCGCGUCAUCCCCAUUUUCGUGGAAGGGCGCAGCGAGCCGCUGGUGCCCAAGGACGUGCCGCCGCACGACCGCCCCCAGCAGCCGCCUCCGCAGCCGCCCCCGCAGCAGCCCUUCCCGGAGCGCCGCGCGGACUUUGACGACUUCACCGACUUUGCGCAGUUUCCGAGCCGCGCCUUCGGGGACAGCGCGUUCGCCGACCGCUUCGCCAGGCCCCCCGACUUCCCCGCCAGGCACCAGCGCCACUUCGGCGAACCCUUCUGGGCCCACCGCCCGGGAGCCCAGCAGGGGGCCCAGCAGCCGCCCCCGUCGCCCCCGCAGAAGCGCCCCAUGGCCGCCCAGUCGCCGCCCACCAAGCGCACCCCCGAGAAGGCCCCGCCGGCCAACGACCCCCUCUCCAAGGUGGCCGUCGUGCAGAAGGACGUCGACGACCUCAUGCAGCAAAUUGAGCAAUUCUCGGGCGAGUCGAAGAGCGACAAGCAGUAUCUGUUCCUGGACGAGAUGCUGACGCGCAACCUGAUCAAGCUGGACGACAUCGAGACGGACGGCAAGGAGGAGAUCCGCAAGGUGCGCAAGGAGGCGAUCCGCAGCAUCCAGCGCGCCAUCAGCCUCCUCGAGUCGCGAGUGCGCGGCAAGACUGAAGAGCAGAGCGCUGGUGGCGCCGAGCAGACUGACAUGCACGUGGACAACGACGAGUGCCCCGCGCCGCAACAAUCGAGUGACGCGCCCGCCCAGUGACUCUUAUCUAUUUUAAUCCCCUCUUAAUUAAUUAAUCGCUAUUUAUUGAACACGGAGCAAUAGUUUUUGUACUCAUGAUUUCGUUGUGCCACCUACUUAGCGUUCUGCCUGCUGAUGAUUUUUGUUUUACUAUACGGGUAGCUCUGCCUUACGAACACAAGAUAACUGCCUUGCAAAUAAAGUUCAGAGUUGUGUGCCUUUUGCAGCACACACCGGCAAUUAUAAAGGAUCAAAAAAUGA